AUGGCAGAAGCAACGGCUGUCGCAGUGGCGGCGGCAUCGGCCCUUGUAAUCUUUGAUUGUGAUUCAAAAUUGACUGGACCUAACUACGUUGACUGGUACCGUAGCAUUAAGUUGCUUCUAACUGCAGAAAUCUACCUCAGUGUUCUUGAUGAGCAACCUCCCCAAGAAUCCCACCCAGAUGAUGAUCCUGAAUACAUAGAGUUCUAUGAAAACUUCAUUGUGAGGGAAUCAAAGGCCUCAUUGUACAUUCAAGGAUCUAUCGAUAAGACAUUAGUGGACUCUAUUAAAGACCUAAGGACGGCUGGGGGUAAAAUGGAGAAGCUAGCUGAGUUGUUUAAUCGACAGCUCACUCAUGCACAUUAUGAUAUGAGACUGGAGACCAUGGGAAUAGCAUUCAAUCUUUUGUACAAGACGAAUGUGAUUCUAAAAUCUCUGCCAGGGUCAUACGCUCCCUUCAGGAUGUCAUAUAAAAUUAGUAACAGGGAGUUGGAGCUGACUGAAUUGGCCACUGCUUUGGUUGAGACAGAGAAGACCCUAAAAGGGAACAAGCCUAAGGUUAACACCACUGAUGCAAAGCCUUCUUCCAAGCAGAAGAAGAAGAAAAAGGGCAACAAGGGCAAGACCUGA